AUUCGUUUAUAUAGUAUUUCAAGUCUUAUUGUAUUCGCCGUCCAUUCGUUUUAAUUUAGUUUCCAUAUCUCUCUUUCUUUCUCCACUUGCCUUCCAAAUUUCUCCACUAGAGAGAGGGAAAAAGAUCAAAUCGUUGAAAGAAUUCCAUCUUAUUUAGUGUCAUACCUAAUUUCCUAUUUUCAUCUGCAUUGAUUCCUUCCUCCAAUUGAAAGAGCCAAAAAUUGCAGGCGUCAAACAUAUUUUUGGCGGUGUCGCCUGCUACAUUUAGAUUCUGUGUGGCAUUUUCUGAAGAGAUCUCAACUCUCUUUGUCAAAAAUUGACAAAAAGAGACGACAUAUUUUUAAGUUUUGACUAUAAUUCUUGAUUUCCGUCACCGGUGGCCGGUGGGAUCUGUGGAGGAGUUGGGAAGUGCGUGUUUCAGUUUCUAACCAUUUACUUCUUUCUCUCUCUAGACACGCGUGAGUCUCUGGUUUAUGAUGAUAUCACCGACGCGGAUCCUUGCCAGGUCAAUGGUUUGAUCUUGAGAGACUUAUCUCCUUUUUAAUCGGCAAAAGGUCUGAAAUCUUGAAAUCUGACCUCAGUCUUCAAUCUCUCUCACCCAAACAUGAUGCACAUGAGAACCAAAGCACCGGAGCCGACUAUGGCCGCCGCCGCCGCCGGUGUUGAUAAUGAAUGGGAGGUCCGGCCAGGAGGAAUGCUAGUCCAGAAGCGAGAUCCGAAUGAAGAACAGACCCGUAUACCUCCACCUACUAUAAGAGUUCGUGUCAAAUACGGGUCCAUUUACCAUGAAAUCCGUAUCAAUUCUCAAGCCACUUUUGGUGAAUUGAAGAAGAUGUUAACCGGACCAACAGGACUACACCAUGAAGAUCAAAAAAUUAUGUACAAAGAUAAAGAAAGAAGCUCCAAAACUUUUCUCGAUGUUGUCGGCGUGAAGGAUCGAUCGAAAAUGGUGGUGUUGGAAGAUCCGAUUAGCCAAGAGAAAAGAUACAUCGAGAUGCGAAAGAACGCAAAAAUGGAGAAGGCGGCGAAAUCGAUAUCUGAAAUUAGCUUAGAGGUCGAUAGACUCGCUGGCCAGGUGUCGGCGCUUGAAUCGGUGAUCUCAAAAGGCGGGAAAGUGGCGGAGAAGACGAUGUUGAAUCUGAUCGAGUUACUGAUGAACCAACUGCUUAAAUUGGAUGGAAUUAUGGCGGAAGGAGAUGUGAAAUUGCAACGGAAAAUGCAGGUGAAAAGGGUUCAAAAGUACGUGGAAGCUCUCGAUGUUUUGAAGAUUAAAAACUCAAUGCCGGAGCAGCCGCCGGUAGAACAGAAACAUUCAAACGGGCAUGGUAGCGCCGCCUCACCAAGCCACCCAUUUCCUAAAUCCAGACGGUCGGUUGGGCAUUUUCCACCUAUACCGGUGGCGCCUAAACAGCAACCACCACCACAACCGCCGAGGAACUCUGGGGAGGUUGUGGUGACUACACAAUGGGAGACUUUUGAUUCGAUGCCGACGGCAGCGCCACCGUCAUCAUCCAGCAAUACAAUACAUCAUCCCAAGUUCAGCUGGGAUUUACUUUAA